AAAGAAAGGGAGAAGCGGAGCAGGUGUGAGGGAUUCGUUUCUCGGGUUUUUUUCCUGUCUCAGCCACCGUCGCCGUCUUCGUUUCCGUUUCCCUACCGUUUCAGUUUGGUGAGAAGAGAGGAUAGUCUGUGUUGCAGACCUGUUUGCAUUUGAAGUUUACGUCAUCAGUCAGUUAUGUGAGCAGUUGCCACAAUGGAUGAAACUGCUGAUUUUAUGAAGAUGGACGCUGGAGACUAUGUGUUAGCUAAUCACACUUCUAUAUUAAAAGAAGUCCCUCUACAACAGGAUGCUUCCUUAGGGGAUCAUCUUCCAUUGUCUAGCAACAAGUUUUCAUCAGACAAGUUUGGCUGCCUGGAAGGACCUUUCACUGGCCCAGCAGCAAAUGCCUCGUGUGGUCGCAGUUACUGUUCAGAAAUGUCAUUCCCUGAGAGCUCUCAGACUGCAGGAGCACUAAGAACGUUUGGGACGAGUGCCAACGGACAGUGGAAGGGUUGCAUUCCUACCCUUGGUUCUGUUCUACAGAAACCCAGAACAAGUCGGAGUGCAUAUUUUGAAACGCGUAAACUCUCAAGCGGGAUAUCGAAUUCAUUUUCAGGUAAAUCAAACCAUCCAUGCCAUGUUACUGCCUAUGAAAAGUCAUUUCCAAUCAAGCCGGUUAGCAGUCCGUCGUGGAGUAGCUCAUGUCGUCGAAGCUUGCUGAGUCCCAAGAAGUCCCAGAGGAGGUUCAUCAGUACAGCAGAAGAGACUGUUCGAGAGGAAGAGAAAGAAGUCUACAGGCAGCUGCUCCAAAUGGUUACAGGAAAGAAGUUCUCCACUUCCAAGCCCUCUUCACUGUUCUCUCUCCAUCUGCCCAGAUGUGCAAGUUCCAGUAAAAACCUCGUGAAAGAAACGGAAAAUACGAGUAGGAAGCCAGCUGAAGUGUACGGCCUCACGCCAAGCCACCAGCCACCUGGGGCUAUUAGGACUCAGGAGCGGCAUUCUGACAAGUCACUGCUGCACCCCAUAUGUAGUUAUCCUUCACGGGUUACCUUUGAGCCUAAGGACACCAGUACGCCAAUUCAACAAAAUAACGUACCCUCUUUGGACAUGCCGCCUGAAGGGUCUGACUCUGUCAUAAUGCUCAAUGGCAAAGACUUCAGAUCUCCAGCUCCGAGUAUCCCUUUCUUCCAGGCCGAAUUAUGGAUCAAAGAAUUAACCAGCGUGUAUGAUUCCCGAGCCCGUGAAAGAUGGAGACAAAUAGAAGAGCAGAAAGCUUUGGCGUUGCAGCUGCAGAGCCAGAGACUGCAGAAACAGGAGCUUUCUAUACCUGAUUCAGUAGAUCUACACCUACGAGUACCUCUUGAAAAGGAGAUUCCUAUCACAGUUGUCCCGGAAGAGCCAAAGACGGCUGAUGGCGAAGAGGAGUUCCCUGAAAUCACUGAAGAGAUGGAGAGGGAAAUAAAGAGCGUGUUACGAAAUGGGAACCCCGAUGAGGUGCUGAGCGAAGCCUUCCGGUUAACAAUAACGAGGAAAGACAUCCACACCCUGAACAACCUCAACUGGCUCAAUGACGAGAUCAUCAAUUUCUACAUGAAUAUGCUGAUGGAAAGAAGUAAACUGAAAGGGUUUCCUGCUGUUCACGCAUUUAACACAUUUUUCUUCACCAAGUUAAAAACUGCCAGUUACCAAGCUGUAAAACGUUGGACUAAAAAAGUGGACAUAUUCUCUGUAGAUAUCUUGUUGGUGCCUAUUCACCUUGGUGUCCAUUGGUGCUUAGCAGUCAUAGACUUCAGGAAAAAAACGAUUACGUACUUUGAUUCAAUGGGUGGAAUGAACAGUGAAGCUUGCAAGAUAUUGUUGCAGUACCUAAAGCAAGAAAGCCUGGACAAAAAGCGAAAGGAAUUUGAUACCAAUGGCUGGAUGCUGCUGAGUAAAAGAAGCCAGGAGAUCCCUCAACAGAUGAACGGCAGCGACUGUGGGAUGUUUGCUUGCAAAUAUGCUGACUACAUUACCAAAGACAAACCAAUCAGCUUCACUCAGCAACACAUGCCUUAUUUCCGGAAGCGGACGGUCUGGGAGAUCCUCCACCGCAAACUGUUGUGAUUUCAUGUCAACCAUCAGGACUCUUCAGAGACUGGAACAGGCCUCUUACCCUUCUCAGCCAUCUCAGAUACAAACUGCUUGGGAUUCCCACUGGCACUUACCAGACCUUGUACAAUAAAUAUCUGUGGAUUUUUUUAAAAAAUUCCAUUUCAUGGACCCGUGUGCUGUGAAACCCUUUCAGAGGCACACCUGCCUUUUUUUACAUUUUGAAACCCUGUUUUUACAGAUGCUGAGGAACGCGUCUUUUGACUUUUACAGAGUUCUCUCUUUUUACUUGUGUGCCCUUUUCAAAACCGCCGAUUUGAGCAAAAUUCUUUUAAGACCUGCCAAGCUUCAGUUUUCAGGUGGGGAGGGCACAAAAGCACUUGGGCGGUCGUAUUGCUUCUGCCGUAAUAUCAACUAGUUUCACAGCAUUCAGUAAAAACAGUGCCGCACAUGACCUCUGCUGCAGCAGACACCAGCAUUUUUUUCUGUAGCCUAAAGCAUUACUUGUACAUGUGUAUUUAAACACUGAUGUACGCAUGUCUGGGGACCUGAUUAUCUGAUGUUUCCCAAACACACACGCAUGCUUUACAUCCAACAUGUCAUGUGUUUGGCUGUGGAUAGAUCAAGUGGUUUCCCUACAUUAAUCAUAAGACGUAGUUGUUCUUUAGUUUCUAAAGCCUGUGAGGACUAGGUGGGAAGAGGAGUGCUCGCUCAUGGAAAGCUCUGAUAGACUCACCAGCACACGAGAAAUCCCUUGCUGCACUUUCCACUGUGGCAUCUCCUUCCCUUUUUUCCUGAUGUUCAAGCAAAUAAUCUUCCUAAAAUUCAAGAUCAGUUCUGUUCUAGUGGAUUGUUGAUUAACUCUUCUCUCUGGAAGCCCAUGGCCGGCUGCCCUCGGAAUGGUGAAAUGUUUGCCUCCAGAGAAGCUUCUUCUUAGGCACCUCUCAUAGGCAGAGGGUAUGAAUGGAAUCUGACUGGGAGAAGAAGGCCAGAGCACUUGGGGGCCUUGCCUGGAGGCGGGGGGGGGGGUCAGCCCUAUAAAAGCCAGCACGCACCCUUUUCCCUUUCCCGUUUUCUUGGCCUGUGAAUGAAAUCAUAAGGAGAAUCUGAAAUAAAGACUGAAUAUUGCAUUACAUCCCAGGUACCGGACAGGGCCCGUAUCCUGGGGUUUGCAAGCAAAUGAAGCAGCUAUAGGUUGACUGGAUGCUUGACUGACAAAGGAGGUUGGUUGAGCAUCGAGCUCUUUGUAGAAUUUAGGUACAAUAUGACUUGUUUAAAGCUCUUUUUGUAAUUAUUGGUUACACUGUUUUUUAUACCAUAAAUAUAUUUAUAAGCCUUUCCCAUUGGUGCAGUGAACAAAUAUAUAUAUUGGCCUUUGCAGCUAUUGUACGUACUGUAUUAAAUUCUCCAUGUGGAUCGGGAGCCUAACCUCCCCCCACCCUUUUUUUUGUUGUGGUUAGCCAUAAAUGGUGGAGCGAAGGGCCACUUCCUCCUUCUCCAAGCCUGCUUUUAAUGGAGGCUCAUCUGAUGUCAACGGGACAGCAUAUAGAAUCCGUCUAGGUUCUGUAUGAAAUGUAUGUAAGUUGUGCUGCCAGUGGUAGCGUUGUGUGUACAUAUAACAGGCAGACAUUUGAUAGAGCCCAAGAUGCCUCGAUUCUCUUUCCGGCAUAUCUUUUCGUUUAACGAGAGAGAGAGAGAGACUCUUGCAGUAAGCACUCUCUCAGUCCAUUGAGGUCAACAACGAUAGAAGGAUGUUACUCUGGUGAGAACAUCAUUGUCGGUCUCUCAUGGACCUCACUAGAAAAAAGUAAAUCUCAUUGCCCCCUGUGCUGCAGACCAUUGUAUGUAACCCCCGUAUGUAACCCCCGUGCAGCAUACGGGUGUUGCACAGCCGCUGUGCUUAGCAAUUGCUUCUGCCCUUGGUCAGCAAAGAUAGGGUGCAGUCGGGAAUUUGGGUCAGAAGGUUACGGGGCUGCUUAUCAAGAACACACGACACACAUUUACCUCUUGGUGUACCCUUUUUUAAAAAUUCUAAAGAGUAAGUAAAUGUCCACUUGUAUUUUUGCCAUCAGAUAGGGAACAUUUUAUAUAUUCUGUACCUGUAAACAAUAGUUUUGUACAAUCUCCCCCUGGCCUUUCCCUCGACUGUGUUCUUCCUAAACAAGUUUGUAUCUUUUUUGAUCUGUCUGUGUGUUUUUAUACCAGUCUCUUUGGUAACCUUUUUUCCUAUGUUUUUUCUGCAAGUAAUGAUUUAAAAACCUGAAACUUUUUUUUUUUUUGGUAAUGUGUUAUUCUUAA